GGUUCUCCGGAGAAGAGAGAAGAGAAGUAGACAAUUCAAACGAUGGCGUCGAACGGUGGUGCUACGGCGGCUGGUCAGCUCUCUCAGAAAGAAGCUGAUAUCCAGAUGAUGUUGUCAGCCGAUGUUCACCUUGGUACCAAAAACUGCAAUUAUCAGAUGGAUCGUUAUGUCUUCAAGAGACGCAACGACGGUAUUUACAUUAUCAACCUAGGACAGACAUGGGAUAAGCUUCAAAUGGCUGCUCGGGUUAUUGUAGCAAUUGAAAACCCAAAAGACAUUAUUGUUCAAUCAGCCAGGCCUUAUGGGCAAAGAGCUGUCUUGAAGUUUGCUCAGUAUACGGGUGCUAAUGCUAUUGCUGGAAGACACACUCCUGGUACUUUCACUAACCAGAUGCAGACUUCUUUCAGUGAGCCAAGGUUGUUGAUUCUCACCGACCCAAGAACUGACCAUCAGCCAAUUAAAGAAGGUGCUUUGGGAAACAUUCCAACCAUAGCCUUCUGUGACACGGAUUCUCCAAUGGGAUUUGUCGACAUUGGUAUUCCUGCUAACAACAAGGGAAAACACAGCAUUGGUUGCCUGUUCUGGCUUUUGGCUCGUAUGGUUCUCCAAAUGCGUGGAACCAUUCUCCCAGCUCAGAAAUGGGAUGUCAUGGUGGAUCUGUUUUUCUACAGGGAGCCUGAAGAAGCAAAGCAAGAAGAUGAUGAAGAAGAUGCACAACAAACUGGUUUUGGGUUGCCUGCUCCAGAAUAUGGAAUGGUUGGUGGAGACCAAUGGACCACUGCUCAAAUCCCUGAUGGUGCAUGGCCUGGUGAAAACCAACAUCCGAUUUCAGCUGCACCUGAUGUGAAUGUUCCGCUUGCUGCUGCAUCAUGGGACGCUGCUGUUCCACCUCCAGCUUCUAUUCCAGCUGCUGGUUGGGCGUGAAAGUGAUUCAUGACUGUUUCGCCCGAGCUCUAUUAGAUAUAUAGGACAUGAUUUUUUAUUCAUAGCGAGGUCUAGAGAGGGUUAGGACCAUAUUGGCUUCUGUUUUACAUUUGCUUCUUGUCUCUUGAGAAAAUGAUAUAAUUACUGCACUAGCCUCCCGUUUUGCCGGUAUUUCUAAGUUUCAACCAUAUAUAAAGUUAUUUCACGUCGUCAGUUAUUUC